CACCGGAUACAGGAUGACAAAGCCGCUCGAAUUUGCCCGUACUUUUUCCGUUACGGUGAAGACCCUGGCAUUCAUCGGCAUCCCGUCCUGCCUGAGCCGGUAUCCGGAAGCGUGGUCCGCUGCGGUCAAAGCCAACCGGGGCCUUAUCGUUAGCUUCCUGUCGUUGGCGUACUGCGUGCUCGGUCAGCUCGUCUACUUCUGGACCAACAUCCGGCUGCUGGAGGGGGAGGGCAUGUUUCUGGAAUUUGCCAACCAAAUCGCGUGCACCAGAUUCUGCACGGUCGGGCUGCUGAAGCUGUUCAUGCUGUCCUACCACCGGAACCUGCUGGCCGGAAUGCUGGCCGAGCUGGCCGCGUGGUGGAACGAAAAGAACAAAAUCCCACCAGAACGAGUUCAAAACUUAGCUCAAAUCCGGCCUACAAUGAACAUAGUGACAGUAAUAACCAUAAUCAAUGUUUGCAUGGUUUCGGCUUUUAACUUGCUACCCAUCGCGGAAAUGAUCGUCCAGGGUGCUCAAACGGGAACGUGGCACCGGAAGCUACCGUACCAGAUUUGGUUCCCGUGGGAUUCGCUCACCGGAUGGUCCUACCCACUUAUGUACGCAUUUCAGAUCUACUCUGGGCUCAUCGUCGUCAUUGGGAAUGUGGGAUUCGAUUGCAUUUUUUAUUUGAUUGCGGCCCAUCUAUCAGUGCAGUUGAACUAUUUGAACAAAUCUAUUGAACAGCUUCUUGAUGACAACAAACUAACAGUUGAAAAAUCAACCAAAAACAAUUUGGAUGUCGAAAGGUUUAAAAGUGACUUAUUUGAGUUAAUUGAGCUACAUCAAAAAUUGUUAGACUAUAAAGCACUGCUGGAAAGCAUCUUCAGUUUCACGUUUUUCAUAACAUUUUCUGGAGCUACGAUUAUUAUAUGUCUACAGGGAAUCAUGAUAAAGACCGCUUCCAGUUAUGUGGUGGCAAAAUACUUUAUGUUCUUCAUUUGCAUUUUGCUGGAGAUUUACUUUUUGUGCAAUUACGGUCAUGUUAUGUUAAGAAAUAAUUUAAACAUUGGAACAUCUGCCUUUCAUGGCUUUUGCUACAAACCAGCUGUCAACAGAGGCGGUAUCAACAUUGAAAUCGGCAAAUGUCUAGUGUUGAUCAUUAUGAGAACUCAGAAGCCAUUCCAGCUGACGGCUUGGAAGUUUUGGCCCCUCAAUAUUACUUCAUUUAGCAAAGUACCACUGAAUAAAAAUAUGCACUUUAAAUACUGUUUACACAUGUUUACUUUCAGAUCAUCAAUGCAUCGUGGUCAUAUUUUUCACUUUUGAAUGCUCUUUUGAAAAAAUAAAAAAUGCGAAAUUUGAUCGCAGAAAAUUCGCUUUCAUCAAAAUAACGUGGGUGCUCUCCCGUUGAUGAAUAAUAAAAUGCUUCAAGGAAUCAUUUUCACAUCCCAGUUCUACGACUCAUCAGGCAGCGACUCAUAAAUUUCCCAAAUUCCAUGUGAACACCUCAUCAUAAAUACAUAAUUAAACCAGUAGGAAGCAUAUUUCCAGCAA